AACAGGUUUUCCUUCUGUUUCGAUAAUAGUUCCGCCCUAGUGCAACUCCAUACAUGGGUCCCCCCCAGCAGUAUUCAGUCCAGCCACCACCUGGUCCAUUCUAUUCAGGACCAGGUCCUGGUGACUUCACUACUUAUGCCUCAGAAACAAGGCGCAGAGGGUGGCCCCAGUCAGGAGUUCAGCCACUGUGUGCACCAUCCUAUUACAGUCAACCUGUGUAUUCGCCGUCUGCACCUCUGAUAGUGCCUACACAACCGCCACCACCUCCAACAAAGAGGGAAAAGAAAACGAUUAGAAUCCGUGAUCCAAAUCAGGGAGGCAAGGACGUCACUGAAGAAAUAUUGUCAGGUGGAGGUGGAAGCAGAAAUCCUACACCGCCUGUAGUGAGACCAAGUUCCACGCCGACUCCACCUCAGUUUUUGUGUCCACACCCUCAUUAUCCUCACCUCUUGUACCUCAAAUCCCAGCAGCUACCCAGUCAGGUUGCAGAACAUGGACCAGUUUUCGGAACUGCAGAAAAUGCUCACGUUGCUCCAAGUGUGGAUUUCAAGCAAGUGGGGCGAACUGAAGCUGCUAUAACAAAACUGAAAGCAGAAGAGAAACCAAAGCAGGAGCCAAUGGUGAAAAGUCCUUCACCAGAUAGAAGAUCAGAAACUAUUUUAGAAAGUAAAGACAUAGAUGGAGAGCCUCCUGAUUCUGUCCCUUUACAAGUGGAGGAGGAGGUGGAAGAAGAAGAAGAGGAGGAGGAGGAGGUGGAGGAAGAGGAGGAAGAAGAAGCAGCACCAACAGUGGAAUUUACUACUAACGACUCAAUUUUUCCAACUUUGGAUUCUGUGGAAGAAUCUGAACCAUUCAUUCCUAAGGAAGAGCAGAACCCUGUACCUAACUUAUGUUUGCAUGGGGAAGUAGAAGAGGAUAAACAGGAAGAGCAGGGCAGUGAAAACCUAUCUGGAAAAGUGAUUAUUGCUUCAGCUAACGAAAUUAUAGUGCCUGCUACUAUUAACACAAAUCAAGAUGUGAAUGGCAUGGCAGGACAAGAAGUAACACAAAGCACCUUAGAAAGUCUGUCACAAGACCUUCCUACACUCUCCACUACAGUGGAGAUUCCAGACAUCCCUCGGACAGAAGUGGAGAUAACACCUUCCCCGAUUGCUGUUUGCACCAAUCUGGAAGUCACAGCAGAGGAAGAGAACAAGGAGGAAACUCCUAUUAGUGAUGACAGAAAUCAGGAUAUGGAAAGCAAAGAAUCCGCUGAAGAGGAGGAGAAAGAGGUAGAGGAAAAUGAAUCACAACAAUUAAACUCCAAAAAAAGCCCAGAGAUUGUGUAUGUCCCGCUAUCUCUUCCUGCACCAAAGAUGCAGAAGAAGCCAAAAGAGCUGAACAGGCUGGAAGAAGAUUUGUUAGAGAUCAGUGAAAAGCCUAAAGUCGAAGAAGAAACUGCAGUUGAAAAUGCUCCUGAACCUGAACAAGAUCAGUCAAUUCCAGAUGCAAAUCUGGACGAAGACUUUAACAUUAAAAAACAUGAAGUGGAAGAGAAUGGGGAUCAGGACCUAGAACCUGAACAAAAUGGUUCAGAGUCUGUUUCAGAAAGUGAAAGUACUGAGGCCAACACCAAAGAAAGCCCUGAUGACAACCUAGUGUCCAGCUUCAAGGAAGAACAAUGGAAAGUGCUGAAUCAGGAGGGAAAGAAACGAUAUGACCGGGAAUUUCUCCUUGGAUUCCAGUUCAUUGCAGCCAGUACACAAAAGCCAGAUGGUUUGCCAGCAAUUAGUGAUGUUGUUCUUGAUAAGAUCAACCAGACCAAACAAAUUGUAAGACCUUUGGACCCCUCACGGAUGCUGCCCCGAGGCCCCGACUUCACACCACCCUAUGCAGAUUUUGGAAGGCAGCCACAAAGUGGGCGAGCAGGAACAGUGUUAAGUGUUGGACCAAGGAGGUCGCAGCACGGGCAAAGGAGAGAACCAAGGAAGAUUAUUACAAAUAUAACUGUGAAUGAUGAUAUCCAACUGAAGAAGUCAGAGAAUGCAUGGAAACCAAUAUUAAAAAGAGACGAUAUUUCUGAAGACUCUGAUGUGCAAAAAACACAGGAAUUAUUCCGACGAGUAAGAAGCAUUCUGAACAAGCUGACACCACAAAUGUUUCAACAAUUGAUGAAGCAAGUUCAGGAGCUGACAAUUGAUACAGAGGAGAGGCUGAAGGGAGUUAUUGACUUAGUUUUUGAAAAAGCCAUCGAUGAGCCUAAUUUCUCAGUAGCAUAUGCCAAUAUGUGUCGCUGUCUCACAAUGCUGAAGGUCCCAAUGUCAGAUAAGCCAGGGGCUUCAGUAAAUUUUCGUAAGCUGUUACUAAAUCGUUGUCAGAAAGAAUUUGAGAAGGACAAAGCCGAUGAUGUCGUCAACGAGAAGAAGCAGAAAGAGAUUGAUGCAACUGCUAAAACAGAAGAGAGGUCCAGACUUCAAGAUGAGCUAGAAGAAUCCAAGGACAAGGCUCGAAGAAGAUCAAUUGGAAACAUUAAAUUUAUCGGUGAACUAUUCAAACUUAAAAUGCUGACAGAAGCAAUUAUGCACGACUGUGUUGUGAAACUACUAAAAAACCAUGAUGAGGAGUCAUUAGAAUGUUUAUGCAGGCUAUUGACCACAAUCGGCAAAGAUCUCGAUUUUGAAAAAGCAAAAAGAUGGUCUCCAAAGAUGGAGAAAGCUGGCAGAAAUUUUGAGGAGGGUUCAUGCUCUAUACUUGUGAAAUUACUCACAGUAUCAGAAACACUUUUGGUGUGGAGUGGAUCUUGUGGAGGCAUCACUGCUGCAGUGGAAUUAGAAUCAGUCACUACUUCCGAUAAUCCUCGCAUGGACCAGUAUUUCAAUCAAAUGGAAAAGAUUGUGAAAGAAAGGAAAACAUCAUCUAGAAUACGUUUUAUGCUUCAAGAUGUGAUAGAUGUGAGAAUGAAAAAUUGGGUAUCACGUAGGGUUGAACAGGGUCCGAAGACCAUUGAACAGAUCCAUAAAGAAGCACAGAUUGAAGAGCAGCAGCAACAAUUGAAGGUUCAUCAGCAACUAUUGUCUAAGCAAGACAAAAGGAGAACAACUAGUGGACGACCCACAGAAGAAGCCUGGAACACUGUUCCAGUGUCUAAGAGCAGCAGGACGAUAGACCCCAGCAAGUUUCCAAAAAUCACCAAGCCUGCCACUGAUGAUAAAAUUCAGUUGGGACCAGGAUGUCGAUUAGGUAGCUGGGGUAAGGGCAGCAGUGGAGGAGUGAAAACUAAUGAAACUGAACCACCACGAACAACAAGUUUGAAUAGAUUCUCUGUACUACAGCAGCCUACCCCUCCUUCUGAUUCAGAUGCACGCAGGACACUACCUAGUAGAAGCAGUACUGGAAGGGAGAAGAACGAUAAGCCAACUCGGCCAGCUAUCACACGAGUGAGCAGUAACAAGGAGUUGCUUGAUGAUAGAGCACGAGAAGAAGAGAAGAGAGAAGUCGUUGAAAUUGUACAGCAAACCAUAGGUACCUCUGAGGACAAGAGUAUUGAGGUCGACAGAAACCGGACUAAGGAAAAUGUGAAGCCUGAAGUAUUUCCUGCUGAUGCUUCAUGCAGAGCUGAUCUGUCUGAAGAGGAGAUGGAGAAAAAAUCAAAAUCGAUUAUUGAUGAAUUUUUGCACAUUAAUGAUUAUAAGGAAGCAGUCCAGUGCGUAGAUGAAUUGAAUUCACUGAAUCUACUCCAUGUCUUUGUGAGAGUUGGUGUGGAGUCAACAUUGGAGAGAAGUCAGAUAACAAGAGAACACAUGGGACAGCUUUUCUACCAAUUGAUACAGACAGAAAAGCUACCCAAGGAUGAAUUUUUCAAAGGGUUCUUAGAACUCUUGGAAUUGGCAGAGGACAUGGCCAUUGAUAUACCACAUAUAUGGCUGUAUCUAGGUGAACUUGUGACGCCCAUGUUACAAGAAGGAGGAAUCUCUAUGAGAGAAUUAUUUACAGAACUUAGUAAACCUUUACUUCCUGUGGAGAGAGCAGGGGUUUUGCUUGCAGAAAUUUUGCACCUUCUAUGCAAACAAAUGAGCCAUAAGAAAGUCGGGGCCUUAUGGAAAGAGGCUGGCCUAAAUUGGAAGGAUUUCCUAACUGAAGGACAGGAUGUCCAGCAAUUCAUUAGUGAUAAGAAAUUGGAGUUUACUGUAUCAGAUGUUUCUAGUCCUACUGAAGCACUUUCAAAAAUGGAACUCUCUGCUGAAGAACUGAACAAGUGGCUAGAAAAGCUUAUUAUCGAAGACCGGGCUAGCAAUGAGCAAAUCUUUGACUGGGUAGAAGCUAAUUUAGAUGAAUCACAGGUUGGGUCAUCUACAUUCCUUCGUGCUUUAAUGACAACAGUAUGUAGAUCAGCUAUUACAGGGGAAGGAGCUCCAAGUCGAGUGGAUGCAAAUGUUAUACAACAGAGAUUGCGAUUAUUACUGAAGUACCUUAACUCCGAUACAGAAAGAGAAUUACAAGCACUUUAUGCACUACAAGCAUUAAUAGUAAAACUUGAUCAACCCCCUAACUUGUUAAGAAUGUUCUUUGACACUUUGUAUGAUGAGGAUGUUAUAUCUGAAGAUGCAUUCUACAAAUGGGAAAGUAGCAAAGACCCAGCAGAGCAAAACGGCAAAGGGGUAGCGCUAAAAUCUGUCACGGCUUUUUUUACAUGGCUAAGAGAAGCUGAGGAAGAGUCAGAAGAUAACUAAAACAAAACAUGUCUUCGCCAAUCAAAGUGCAAAAAGGCCAAUCAUCGCAACAAAUAUGCACAGAUAUACAGUCAGCGAUCAUGAUGAAAAUUAUGGUACACGCACGUAAAGAAAAUCCGCGGUGAUGUUAAAGAACCAUGGGUGGGAGCACUAAAAAAAUGUAUUAUUUAUAGAAAAUAUUUUUGUUUUAAAUUUUAAGCUUUUUUGUUAUUUUUAAAAGGACAGAUGGUUCCACUUUUCUGUGCAGCAAAAAAAUAAAAAAAAUUGAACACUUUAAUUUAUUUUUAGAACUGCAACAGUUAUGUAAUUUGAGUUUGCAGUUACUGUAAACAGAAUGUAACAUAGAGAAAAGCAACCCAAACUCGUGCCCACAAGGCCAUUUUAAACAAAUAUAGGGCAUCAAAAUUUAGUAUAUGGGCAGAGGUUAACAAUGAUGGCUGAAAGUAGUAAUAUGUACCAGUAAUUCUUCCUGCCUGCUUCAGCUUGCUCCAGAAAUGUACAUAACAUUCAACUGGAAGAUGAUGCUCCCCGAAUUUCCAAGCCGUACAUUAUGAACUGCAGAACAUGGAGAACUUGUACAAAAAAAUUCAACUUGAGGAAGUGCUUGUAAUACUUUCAAACUAUAGAGCUACUCAAAAGCUUGUAAAUACAUAAAGAGAAAUAUUUAAAAAAAAGAUGACUCGUUACUAUCUUUUCACUUUCAAAACUAAAUAAAAACAGACCGUGCAAGUUGAAAAAAAUAAAUACAAACUACUGUUUAUUUGAGAAUUCAUGAUCACAAGACUGGUUCUACGUAAGUUUGCAAACUAGUUUGACUUUUUUUUGUACUUUGUUACCUCAUUGUAUUAUAUGAUGCAGGGCAGUGGAUGCAAUGCCCAUUCUUGUGACAAGUUGUAUCAAAUGGCUGGCUGACACUAGUCAAUUAUUGAGAUGUGGCAGAAGGUUUUUUUGAAAAAAUACUGCACAAAUGAAGAUCCUUUCUCCUUACAAACUUUCAACCAUUGGUUUGAGAUGCCUGUCAGAGCUGUCGUUGUGAAAGAAAAGGUCAGAAUAUUUGAAAUAAAGAGUUACGUUUUCCAAACACACAUGCAACCUUUCACACCAGCUGCUUCCAUUGAUGCUAGUUGCAGCAAACCGAAAAUAUUAUCGUGUGAAACAGCACUUUUCCGAAAGUUAUGUGGUUUAUCUCAUGAGUUGCUUGUUUGAUUUAAACAUGGUCUCAAAGAUUAAUACUACAUUUUAUUUGUACCAGUUUGUGCAUUUUUUUUUGAGAAUUGGUUUUGGAAGCUUAGCAUAAUAUGGAUCAGCUAGUGAUUUUAAAACUUGCUUCAUUGGCAAGAUGGCUUUUGGAAUGCUUAUGAAGAUAAUGUUCCAGACUGUGAGAUGCCAUUAAAUAACUGCAUAACUUGAAUUAAAUCAAUUCUAGGCUGGUAAUAUAUAAUGGAUUGGAAUUUUUUUUCUGUGCUUUCAAUAUCCAUACAUAUCUAUUCUGAAUUAGAGAGGUCUCACUUAAUUCCCCCAUUGUGUAAUUAGAUGGGCUCACUAACACUAAAACCUUGGUUUAAUAGGCAUGAGUGUCAAUGCUGAUUUUAUGUCAGUAACAAGAUGACAUCAGCCUCAGUUGCUGUCUGUAUACAUCAUAGAUUGAAAUGUGUGCACAUCCAAAAAGCUGGAUUGGAUCCAAAACCUGAAUUAUUCUAAAGAUAUGACCUGAAGAAGUGGUAAACAUCAAUGUAAGGAUAUAAACAACAUUCACUGUAUUAAUAUGGAGACAACUCGUGUCUGUCAGUCACCUUGGGUACAGAUUUGAAAUACAAAAACAAUAGAUAAGAGAAUUGAAUUUGCAUUCUUAUGAUGUUUCAAGACCCUAAAAUUUGGAUUCAGGAAGAGCAUUACAGAAUGGUGACUGUCUCAUUGGUGCAAGACUUAUGUUUAUGCACUAAAUUAUUCUAUUAUAUGGAUUUUGCUAGGUAUUGGUUAGGCCCAAGUGCACAUUAAUAAAAAUCCAACUAUGGUUCUGUGUCAAAACUUGACCUUUACAAAUGCUAA